UCAGUUCAGUUAUCGGUGGCUCAACCAUUUAUAGAAAUUCUCCACGUGAAGUAAUUAAUGUCAUGUCAUACCAAAUAAGUGAUUGACAGUCUUCUGUACAGUUAAUUUCUUAUACAUAUUGUCUAGGUGGGAAAAACCUUAAUUUCGAUAUUAUUGACAGUUUUCUCCACCAGCAACUAAAGCCGAAUCUUCCAAAAAAUGGAUAAAGCUAACGAGUCUAUCGACAACGUUCCCGUCACACUGAGCCUGGACGACGAGCAGCAAGCACUCCAUCAGACAACCAAGGCUGAUGAUUGUAGCAGCCCAAAUUAUUUGACCAUUGAAUCAGCUGAAGUAGCGAACGCAAAUGAUGCAUACUCUCCUGCUCUCCAACUUGAAAGCUCACUUAAUGAAUCAGCCAAUGACAGUUAUGUACAAGUCGAAGGCCUUUUGAAGUUGCCACAACUGGAGAGCACAAGAAUCAGUGUCACUGAUGCAGAUUUGAGCAAAGUGCAAUCAGAGUCUGGUGACUCACAAAACCCUUUGAAUGCUGGGUUUGUCAAACCUAAUUUUGAGAAUCAGUCUUCUUCAAAGUUGGAUCCAAAUGAAAUUUCGGUAUUUAUGGAGUCUGAUUUUGAUGCAGGCCAACAAAUUAUUGAGUCAGAAGACAAUGCCCAACCUACUUUAGGCACAGAUUCCAACAUGGAAUGUUUGAAUGAAUCCAUAAAGUCUGCAUUGGAAAAUCAAGAGCCCACUGAUUUGGUAAAACAUGAAUCAACUGACAAUAUCCUUCCUCCUGCAGGUUUAGAUGCAAGUGUUAUUGAGCUUAAUGAUUCUGCAUUAUCUAUUUCUGAAAAUCAAGAGCUUAAUCAGCAUGUUGAGGCAGAAGAUAGUAUUCUACCUGUCUCCGAAGGAGAUUCUUCCGUGGAAGUUUUAAUGAACACUUCUAUUGCACUUCAGCUAAACCAAGAACCUAUUGAGGCUGUCCCAGAAAAGAGUGUUUUGCCAACAGAAAAUGGUGUGCUAAAACAAAGCGAUUUACUAAAGGAUAAUAGCGUGUCAUAUAAGGAACCAAAUGAAGAAAUAGUGAAUGAGAUUUCUUCCUCGAUACAUCAGGAGCUUCUUAAUGUUGAGAAAAGUACAUCUGCGAAUGGUGUAGAAGAUCCGUCUGAAAAUGUUAAAACCAUUGAUUCCGAUGAGGGUCAUUUGAAUGAUGAGACAACGAAUUCUGAUCCAGAGGUCGAGCAGCUGAUGAAACUUCCGGAGACAGUCUCUCAGCUUACCAGUAAAGACGGAGUUAAAGUUUAUCUAGUUGGAACAGCUCAUUUCAGUCUGGAAAGUCAGGAAGAUGUUGCCAAGACAAUUCUCAUGACACGUCCUCGAGUUGUUGUCGUCGAACUCUGCGUUUCUCGCCUCAAUAUUCUUCGCUUUGACGAGAAAACCAUUUUGGAAGAGGCUAAAAACCUUAAUAUGGAAAAAGUAAGGUCGACCAUCAAGCAGUAUGGAGCUGUUCAAGGCGCAUUGUAUCUGCUCUUUUUAUCUACAUCGGCACACUUGACUCGUCAGCUGGGAAUGGCACCAGGUGGUGAAUUUCGCCGGGCCUACCACGAAGGUCGUAAUGUUCAAGGCUGUCGAAUUCAUUUGGGCGAUCGGCCAAUUCAUGUGACUCUUCAUCGUGCUUUGGCUGCCCUAUCGCUGUGGCAGAAAGCUAAAUUGGUUUGGCACUUACUCCUCAAUCGAGGACCUAUCAGCGCAGAAGAAGUGGAGCGCUGUAAACAAAAAGAUCUUCUUGAAGAGAUGCUAGAAGAGAUGACUGGUGAAUUUCCUCCACUCAGUCGGGUUUUCGUCCAAGAAAGAGACCUCUGCUUGGCUCAUUCACUUCAACUGGCAGCUGCGGAUGCCGCCUCCGAGGCCCGUUCCAAUUCUCAGUUGAAUGAACCACCGACAGUCGUGGGUGUUGUUGGUAUCGGACAUAUUGCUGGAAUUUCUCGUUACUUCGGGAAGGUUUCCGAGAGCGACGUAAGAAAAGUCAUGAGUAUUCCGCCCCAGACGAUGGCGAGUCGUGUAUUUGUUGUCUCAUUCAAAUUGUCCAUGUUGAGCAUUGCGUGCUACGGAUGUUACAAGGUUAUCCCCAAGGUUUGUGUUUUGGGUUUGGCCAUGGAUUUAGAAGUGGAAAUACGAGAUGAUUACGAACAUGUAGAUGAGGAUUUGUUGUAUACACCUGUGAAUAUUCCCGGACGUGGCGUCGCCGAAGUGAUGUUUUCGGAGCAGUUCGAAGGGUGUGCGUGCUCUGGGUCUUGCGAUGUUGGUGUCUAUUGCGGUUGUGUUAGAAACAGAAUGCCUUUUUACUAUUCCGGUGGUGGUUUGACGGAUUCGGACAAUCCACCUGACCUGAUUUAUGAGUGUCAUGUUAAUUGCCAAUGCGAAUCCAAGUGCUCGAAUCGUUUAGUUCAAAAGGGACCGCAUGCGGGACUCGCGUUGAUGGAUGCCGGUUCAAAAGGAAUCGGCUUACACUGCAAAGUGGAUCUGUUGAAAGGUGCGUUUGUUUGCGAGUACGCUGGAGAAGUUAUCGUAGCAGAAGAGGCUCGACGAAGAUACGCCAUUCAAAAGGAGUUGGGUCGUCGGAAUUACAUCUUUGCCCUGCGAGAGCAUUUUGGCAAGGAGAAUUGCCCGACCCUCACAUACAUCGACCCUUCUUCCAUCGGUAAUAUUGGUCGAUACAUUAAUCAUUCGUGCGAUCCCAACCUUUUGAUUGUUCCUGUUCGUACGGACACUGUGGUCCCUAAACUGUGCCUCUUUGCACGACGAAAUAUUUCUGCCCUCACGGAAUUGACGUUUGAUUACGGUGGAGGUAUUGAACCCAUCCAGGGUGUGCCGGACGGAUGGAGCGGCGGAACAGUCUGCCAAUGCAUGGCUUCUGUUUGCCGCCACUUUUUGCCUUUUGAUUAUUCCCUAGGCUGAGUCGUUGCCGUUUCAUAAGCGAUAAAAUAUGUUUGUUUCAAUUUCUUCCCUAUAAUAGUCUGAUUAAUAACCGGUUCUAAACUCUUUCAUUGAUAAUUUAAUUGCUUCAAAUGUAUGUGGAUAAUUUGGAAAUUUUGGAUAAUGUGCAUUAUAUCAUAAAUAUGUGGAUUUAAUACAUUACGUCUUCAUAAAUAGAAAAU